AUGAUGACCACAGAUAAGAAAUAUGAAGAACCUCUCGCCGAUCAUCAAGGUGAAGGCGAAAAUUACAAUGAAGAUGAGGAAUCAGUGGAAAAACAUUUUCUUGAAAAUAGUUGGACACUUUGGUAUCACAAUCCUCAAGCUAAAUUGAACGAACAAAAUUACUCUCAAUUUUUCUCUGAAGUAUAUACAUUCUCUGAUGUUGAAACAUUUUGGAGUGUGUUUAAUCAUAUUCGAGGACCAAGUGACAUUGCCACUGGUACUACUUACUUCUUAUUAAAGGAAGGCAUAAAGCCUGCAUGGGAGGAUCCACAAUGCAUUAACGGAGGAGAAUGGGUUUACAGCUUUCCGAGGAAAUUCAACAGUGCCGAUCAGUAUUGGCUUGAUCUGGUCAUGUUUUGUGUAGGAGAAUGUUUCACAUACUCAGAAAAUCUACUGGGGUGUUGUGUUGCUAAUAGAAAGAAUCAGAUUCGUAUUAAUUUGUGGGUUAACACGCUAGAUGAAACAAUUGCGAAAAAGUUUGGAGAACAAUUUAAAUUUGAAGCGCUAAAGCUCAACUCUUCAGUAUCAAUAGAUUUCAAAUCUUUUAAGGAUCAACUUGACGGGAAAAAGACAAUUCUUCAGUCCGUUUGA